UCGCAAAGCAAUCUCGCGGGAUUGGACGCUGUGGGCCGCUGUAACCAGGCUAGUUAGCUGUUUUCGCUUUGAGACGGAGAGGCGGAUGCAGAGCGUUGGCGCGGGUGGAGGGAAAGGUUGUCGACUCCGGAUCUUGAAAUUUGUUUUUGGCUAUUUCAGGAUUCGGGUGCUCCGGGGUGCAGGGGACCGACCGAAGAUUCACGACAAGCCUCAAACUUGCUCUCUUAAGCUCUCCGCCCCGCUGCUUCUCCCGCUCCUCCUCCUGCUGCUGCUCCCACCCUCCCUUUCGUCCCGUCUCGAUGCGACUGCAGAUCAACCCCCCUGAUUUCUAGCGCAUAGUAUGGAAGCAAUUUCACCAUGCUUCUUCGACGGCUGUCCUCUGCACAAUUCCUUCGGCCUGGCGUGCCCUUCCAAUCAAUUCCGUCCCGUCCGCUUAGUUCGCUGGACACGAACGCCUGGUCCUACCCCCCUUCAGCAACCGACGUCGCUACUGAUGAAGUUACACAGUUGGCCUCCAGCCCCAAGCGUCCCUUGACGCUGAAUGAUCUACUCCGACAUGGCUGCCCUCCACUGUCCAAAGAGGCUCUGUUAUCGUCCGCCAACUUUACGCUAUCUCUGCUUCCCGCACGUCUGGCGUAUCGGAUCCAAGCUCUUCGGAAUCUUCCCUUCAUAGUCGUGUCGAAUCCUCACGUUUCGCAGAUUUACAACAACUACAUUCACUCUCUAUCGACUCUGCUGCCGUACCAGAAGCGGAAGAUCACCACGUCGGAAGAUGAGAAGCAAUUCACGGAAACGAUGGCCGACCUGGUCCAAACACAUACAAACACUAUUCCCGUGUUGGCUAGAGGGUUUCUCGAGUGUCGAAAGUAUAUCAGCCCGGAGGAAGUCACAGCGUUCCUCGACGACCAUCUACGCGCAAGAAUCGGAACGCGACUCAUUGCCCAGCAACACUUGGCCCUACAUAUGGCCUCCCAGCCUACCGAGGAAGGACGACCGCCCAUUCCGUCGAACUAUAUCGGCGUAAUAGAUACAGCUCUUCAACCUGCUCGACUCAUCCGAAGUUGCGAGGAAUUUGUCGCCGAAAUCUGUGAGCUGAAAUACGGCGUGCGGCCUCGUGUGAUCAUCAACGGUGAGGUUGAUGCUACUUUCGCGCAUAUCCCGGUCCAUUUGGAGUACAUAAUCACCGAGCUGUUGAAGAAUGCUUUCCGAGCUGUCGUGGAGAGUGGAAAUGAGCGCGAACCCGUCGAGGUGACUAUCGCGUCGGCACCCGAUGUAGUCGAUAAAAAAGAUGAAAAGGCACCCUCAUCGAUGUGUCAGUUUUGUAAGCCUUCCAAGGGCAACAUCGACUUUCAGGCGGCGAGCCAGCCCGGAGAAGUCCUAAGCAAAAACGCAUUUUUCGGGUCUAUCGACUCGCCGACCCAAAGCAUUACCAUCCGAUUCCGUGACCGUGGAGGUGGUAUCCCUCCAGAGAUACUCGCUGAUAUUUGGUCCUAUAGCUUCACAACAUAUUCAGAAGACGAAGUUCUCAACGAAGACAACGGCAACAUUGACGGAUUGAACCUCCUUUCUAAUACAAAUAUCAACAAUAGCACGAUAGCCGGCCUGGGUUAUGGUCUCCCCCUGGGAAGAGCAUAUGCAGAGUAUUUUGGUGGUAGCAUCCAUCUGCAGAGCAUGUGGGGCUGGGGAACGGAUGUCUACCUGACGCUCCAAGGUGUUGGCAAAGUCAAAUGA